AUGGCAGCGCAAUCUGAUGAGAACCAACCCCCUUCGUUCUUCGACAUUAUCGAAAUCAAAGAGCUUCCUGACGAGCCAGUAGCCGAGACAGCCGCACCGGCUGAGCCCGAAGCUCCAGCUGAGGUUGCGGAGAUUGCUCCAGCAGGAGUGGAAGAAGCGGAGGCAGAAGCAGCAACGGCUACUGAAGCGUUGCAAGAAGAGAGCUCUAAGCGGAGCGCGGUGGCGGGAGCGAUGGCGGAAGUAGCAUCUGCGGUUCACGAGGACGAGAGGGCAGCUGUGGUUACUGCAGCAGGUGAGGCCUCUGCUGAGAGUGCUGCCUCUGCUGACCAUGCGUCUGCCACCACUGCUGCUCCUGCUGUCGCUGUUGCGAUCCCCGAGCGGCCGCCCACCAGAUUUGUGAAGCGGAGCCCGCUCAAGGAUGCGAUGGCGAGGAAACUGGAGGCAGCGGCCGCAGCGGGCGAGCCCAGCGACGAUGAAUCGUUCUCCCUCCCCCCUCUCCCCUCAUGUUCCAUUGUUGGCCAAACACUCAAUCAAUCUCCCUCUCUGUCUGAACAGGAGCUUGUCGAAGCAGCCACGCGAUGGCGUUCGUCACUUCCUCCCCGGCUGCCUUCUAAGUUCAAGCGCCAAUUCCCAAGGUUCCAGUCCAGACCGCGCCCAGGCACCCACUUGACAGAAGUCGUUCUGAACCUGUCUGGUUCUGCUGCUGCUCAGGAGAAACAGCUGGAACCUGCUCCUGUGUCAGAUGCAUCAGUCAGUGCUGCUGAAGAAGUAGCGGUGACCCAAGAAGAUGUAGGAGAUAUCGAGGCGGUGGUGGAAGCAGCGCCGAGUGUGAAUGGGGUGAAGAGGCGAGAUGCGCUUGAGGCGAUGACGGCCCAGGAUUUGAAAUCCUAUUUUCCAAAUGGAAAGAGGGAGAUUAACUUUGAGAAGGCGAAUCGCAACUGCACCGACCCCUUCCAGUUUGAAAACAUCCGCAAGGAGCCCUGCGCGUGUACGCCUUCUGACUAUGCGAAGGAGUACUCGAAAGGGGAUGAUGGCAAAUGCUACUUGCAGUAUCGCCCAAGCAACUGCCAGGGAGGGCAAGAGUCGAAGCGAAUCCUGGUGGACCUUCUGUUCUGUGAGUUGAAGCCUGUCCCAUGCACAGAGGCGAACGUGAAGAGCAUGUACCUCACGUGCGACUACAUCCGUGACCCAGCCACCAAUCAGCAGCUCUCCAAGACUCGCAUGAUCCAGGUGGUGUACUAUUUCGACAAUCAGUGCAACCCUGCUGCUCGUGGCUCCCUUGCCCUCCCUCCCAGCGACUACAUUCCUUGCGACACGCGGUGUGGCCCGGGGAUGUUUCUCAAAGGCAACAACUGUCACAAGUGCCCGCAAGGCUACUAUAGCAUGGGAGGCGGGUUCCGUUAUGAUGCCUUCAAGGACCUCGACCCCAAGGUCUUCCAGACAGAGUGCUCGUUCAGCAACAACACGGGCACGUUCCCCUGUGAGGGGUGGUAUGCGGAGGAGGGGCAGCUGAAAGUGGGCUCCUACGACCCUGCCAACUACUGGCUCGAGGAGGAGUGUGCGUACUUCACCAACAUGACGUGCCACAACAACCUGCAGUCCUCGCUCAAGCUGCCACUCACUCUCGUCAGGGACGGGUAUGUCACAUUCCGCUUCACAGUGAGCUCGGAGCGGCAGCGGGAUGGACUGGUGUUCUAUAUCGACGACCUUAACACCCCCGCCAUGCUGCUGGCUUACAACCAGUUCGAUCCUAAGGAGGUCCGCUUCCCCCUGGCAGCAGGAAGGCACACGCUCGUGUGGGCGUAUGUCAAGGACUCGUCGUUCACACAAGGCAGGGACUCUGCCGCCCUACAGUUUCUGGAGGUGGACGGCAUUGCAUUCACCGACUCAGCCUGCCUCAAAUGCCCUGCCGGCUUCUUCAGUGGGGAGCAAGCCACCAACUGCACAGCAUGCCCUCCCGACCACAUCUCAGCGGAGGGGUCAGGCCAGUGCGAGGCGUGCAACAGCACCACGUUCGCCCUCGCCACACCCCGCACCCAAUGCACCCCACGCCCUCUGUGCAACGUGACAGUAGACGCCACGCCCACCUUCACCCCCUGCGUUGCCUCCUCGCGCACGCGCACCAGGGUGUGGUCGUGGCUCUCCCCUCAAGUCUGCCAGCCCGACCCCGCCCAUGGCCUCCCUCCCAACACCACCGAGCCAUGCGAGCCCUGCCCGUCAGGGCAGUACGCAGUUGUGGAUUCUGCCACUGACACUCUCACCUGCACCUUCUGCCCCACUGGCACAGCGCGGAACGUCUCAGAAGCAUCAACAGUACAACCACUCCCCCCUCCAGGCGCGGCUGCCCCUCCCUCUGCAGCCCCCUCAACCACAUCGGACGAAACUUGCCACCCGUGCCAGCCUGGCGAGGCAGCAGUGAGGAUGCUCUUGCUGGAGCACUUCCGCACCGUGGAAGAGGGGAAGCUUCCCAGCGGCUUCCAGACUGGAUGCAGUGGGGAGUGUGGGUCAGGCGGGUGGCGAGUGGUGGGGGAUUAUCUGGACUCGGGGGCGAAUAACGGCAAGACUGCCUCUGUGUGGCUGGCACUCACGGUGAAUCUCACCAUCCCCGGCUACAUCACAUACGACUUUGCUUGUCUAUGUGCCACCCAAGCUCACCCCUCCCCACCACUCUCCCUUGUCUCUGCAGGUGUGGCUGGCCCGCUCACAGUGAAUCUCACCAUCCCCGGCUACAUCACAUACGACUUUGACGUGUGGCUGGCACUCACAGUGAAUCUCACCAUCCCUGGCUACAUCACAUACGACUUUGACGUGGACAUCCCUCCUGGCGACCUGCAGCGCGGACUCUUCUUCUACGUGGACGACAACCUGCUCGAGAACAUUGAGGACGGGGGCAGCAUGGGCGUGAGCGUGCCAGUGGGUCGCAGCAGCAGCCAGCAUUGGCCGCUGGCAGCAGGCAGCCACCGCAUCAUGUGGGUGUGGGUCACCCUCAACGCCGAUCGCACCUCCGUCGAUCGCUCCUCUGCCAUCCUGCACAGCGUGCGCAUGUGGGGGGCGGCACAGGGGGGCGCGCCCGGGUGUGUGCGCAUCCCUGCAGGCGCGCAGAAGGGGCAGAGCGGGGACGCGUGGGAGGAGUGUCCUGCUGGGUAUUACAGUGAGGGCGGGGAAGGGCUGUGCCAGAAGUGCCCUGCGAACACCUUCAACCCGAAACCUGCGGGCAACCGCACUGCUUGCCAGCCGUGCGGCCUGGGCACAUCCUCUCUGGAGGGCAGUGCGGAGUGCGCCAUAGGGGACAUCACCUCGCCCUCCUCCUUCUGCACUUUCAUCGUCCGCUCCUUCAACAGUACAGACACGCUCCUUUACGACCUCUCCCCCCUCGCGCACCAGAACCUAGGCCGCCUCGUGGGGCCCAUAUACGAAGGCCCAUCCUUUGUAGACCUGCAAAAGGGUCCUAAGUACUAUGUGUCGGUGUGUGCUCGCAGCAACAGUGAUAACGCUGUGUAUCGCCCUGUCGCUUCCUCUGCUGCUGCUGGGGGUGCUGGUGUUGGGGGUGGUGCGGCUGGGGGCGGUGGUGUGUGGAGUGGUGAUAGUGGUGGUGGGAAGGGGGGCAGGGGCGGCAAGGGAGAGAGAGCGAACACGACGUACCCGUGCAUCAUGUACACUGGGAAGCCCCUCAACAACACUUAUGUGUGCCGGAUCAACCCGAAUCUGAAUGAGCACAGCACAGCCACAUCGGCCCACAGCCUGGGGGACACCGUAUCACUGGCCCCUUUGGGGAGCUUCUCCGACCCGCAGCUGCAGCGGCGAGGGCUGGUGAUGUCGUUCCACGGAGAGAGCUGCCCGAUGUCCGACGCCCCCAGCACCUUCAACCUCACCUUCAUCUGUGACCCCGAGGCUGGCUACGGCCACCCAGAGCCAUGGACGGAGGGGGGCAAGAAGGCAGCUCUGAACCCCACCCUCUCCUACCCGGCAUGGGCCAAUCGGUCGGGCGAUGUCAUCCCCGUGGGGCGCGAGGCGCCUGUCUCAUGCCUGUUCCAGAUGGUGUGGUACACGGCGUAUGCGUGCCCGCUGUGCACUGUGCUGGAUAUGGAGCCUGUUGCCGUUGCCAACUGCAUCGACAACAAGCGCUUCACCUACAAAUACAAGACGCCAAGGCUUUGCCAGCCAAAUCCCCAGGUGCCCUUACCUCCUGAUGAGUUCUGCCUUCCCUGCACCAAGGACGACUACCAGAGAUUUGAGGACUCUUGCACCGACGCCAACGGUGUGCACAACGUAACAUACAUCUGGAAGCUCCCGAAGACUUGUAACGAGGACCUUUCUGGAGCGGAGAAGCUUCCGGAAGGGACACUGGCGGGGAUUUGUGACAUGGAGGUCAAGCUUUCCGUGCACGUGGGAGGCAACGCCACCAUCAGCGGCAGCAAUGACCGUCAAAUCCUCGCUCUCGAAGCCAGCUUCGGCGCGGGGCUUCCGAAGACCAAGGCUGACGCGCUCUCCUUCUCCCUUGCGCAGAUGCAGCCCCUGCUUGCUUGUUCCGACCCCCUGCCUCCUCUCCCUUCAGUACGUGCGCUCAGAGCCCCGUCUUUUUUCCUCGCCCUCGUUAGUCACCAUGCUCCUGAAUUUCAGGGCCAGGCAGUGUUAGUGCAGCGAGGCGACUGCAGCUUCGCCUCGAAGGCCCUCCGCGUGCAGCGGCUGGGAGCAGCUGCUGCCAUCGUCAUCAACAGUGAAGAAGGUAUCAUUGGCAUGGGUUGCAACGCAACAGACUUGACUGAAGGCGUUGUGACUAUACCGGUGGUCAUGGUCUCCAACUCGUCAGGCCAAUUCCUCCUUCAAGCCCUCUCCAACGCCUCCGCCUCCCCCUCCGCCUCCGCCUCCGCCGCGCCAGUCACUGUGUCCCUGUACGCGCCUCCGCGGUCACUGCUGGACCUGGCAGAGCUGGUGCUGUGGGCGCUGGCGCUGCUGUCGCUCGUGGGCGCGUCCGCGUGGGCUGCCGCGGAGGAGAAGGCCGCGCUGGAAGGGAAGAGUGGCGCGGGGCAGUCCCUGGCGGACCAGGUACGGGGGGAGUGGGGGGGGGGAACGGGGGAAGAUGGGGGAGGGAAGGAGGAUGUGCCCCAGGGCGGCCCCUCGGGAGCAUACGAUAUGUCACCACAAGGCGACUCCUCGGGAGCGUAUGACAUGUCAGUGGGGUCAGCAGUGGGUUUUGUGGUGAUGUCGUCUGUCAUGCUGCUGCUGCUCUUCUUCCUCAUGUCGCCCCUCGUCUUCUACAUCAUCCUCAUGCUCUUCUGCGUUGCGGCGCUCGAGUCGCUCUAUGUGUGCCUCUCCUCGCUCCUCCACAGGCUCUUCUCCAUUCUCUUGUUUUUCUUGUCUCCUCUCGGCGUUGCUCUCCUCCUCUUCGGCUUCGUCUCUUGGCUCUCCCUCUCCUCCUUCCUCUCUGCUUGGCUCUUCCCACUCCAGUCUCCUCACGGCGUUGCUCUCCCCCUCCUCGGAUUCGUCUCCUGGCUCUCCCUCUCCUCCUUCCUGCUCUCCCUCGCCCUCACCAUCACCUGGGCUAUCUUCCGCAACCACCCUGAUGCAUGGGUGGCACAGGAUAUCCUGGGCAUAGCGCUGAUGAUCACGGUGCUGCAGGCAGUGCGUCUGCCCAACAUCAAGGUGUCCACUGUGCUGCUCUCCCUCGCUUUCUUUUACGACAUUUUCUGGGUCUUCAUCUCGCCGCUCUUCUUCAACGGAAAGAGCGUUAUGAUCGAGGUGGCAACAGGGGAGCGCACGGGAGGAGAGGGCAUACCCAUGCUGCUCAAGGUGCCGCACAUAACAGAUCCAUGGGGGGGAUACUCUGUGCUGGGCUUUGGCGAUGUCGUGCUGCCAGGCCUCCUCAUCGUCUUCAGCAGAAGAUACGACUGCAUCACCAAGAAGAUGGGCAUGGAUGGGUACUAUCUGCCGGCCAUCAUCGGCUAUGCUGUGGGCCUGCUUCUCACGUUUGUGGGGCUGCUUCUGAUGAAAGGCAACGGACAGCCCGCGCUGCUUUACCUUGUCCCUUGCACCCUUGGGGUGAUUGUGCUGUUGGCGUGGCGACGAGGGGAGCUGAGUGCUCUCUGGAACCGGGGAGAAGAGAGCUCUGAACCCAGGUAG